AUGAUGUUCCAGAGGAUGUUUCGAGAGGCACCGAUGGCCUCGAGGAUCACAAGACAAGUGCGUCUGAGCUCCACAUCACGGGACCACCUGCUGAAGUACUACCCUCCGAACCUGAUCAAGUCCAUAGAGAUGGCUGAGGAUGUUAUUUACAAGGGAAAUAGCAAACCUGAGUUUAAAGUACCAUCUGGUGUGAACUUUGCGCCACCUUAUUUAGAGGAUUACUCCAAGCUGCAUCCCUUCUGGGACUACGCGAAGAACGAACCACACAUUCACAUGGACUCCCUGAACGAGGAAGUGAGGAAGUACCAAUGGGACGAUAUAAACUUCCAGCAGAACAGCAAGCUACCACCUGGUACUUUCGAGAAAGAGAUUGUGGAAGCCCAUGUUGGUAAAAACAGCGGCAGCAAGACCGCUGAGCUAGCCAGAGGGUUGAACAGACAGACGGGGAUAGAUAUCGACUACAUAACGAAGAAACUGGUGAUGAAACCGUUGGUGCUGAAGAGAGUCUCAAACCAAACGGGUAAAGGUAAGAUUGGUUCCUUCUAUGCUCUGGUUAUUGUGGGUGACCGUAAUGGUAUGAUCGGUCUCGGUGAAGGUAAAUCUAGAGAUGAAAUGCCAAAAGCCAUUUUCAAGGCACAUUGGGAUGCUAUCAGAAACCUGAAAGAAAUUCCAAGAUAUGAGAACAGAACAAUCUACGGUGACAUCGACUACAGAUACCAUGGUGUCAAGCUACAUCUGAGAAGUGCCAAACCGGGCUUCGGUCUAAGAGUUAACCAUGUUAUAUUUGAAAUCUGUGAAUGUGCUGGUAUUAAAGAUCUAAGUGGAAAAGUUUACAAAUCGAGAAACGAUAUGAACAUAGCGAAGGGUACAAUUGAAGCCUUGAUCGGUGCACAAAAGACAUUAGAUGACAUUGCCAUGGCCAGAGGUAAGAAACUGGUGGAUGUUAGAAAGGUCUAUUACUCCAGUUAG